UUUGAGCUAACACUCUUCUAGCCUUUUUUUUGUCGAUGGCAUGGUGCUAGUGGCUGCGGCAUAAACGGGGUUGUCACGGGAAAAAAUACUGACAUUUAAAAGCUAAUUGGAAUAUUUACUAAAAAUAUAUUGACAAUUUACUAUUUUUGCAGCACAUGUCAGCCAUCACAUCCUCAUUAAUUGAACUCCCGGCCUCAGACUUUGAGGUUGACAGUUUUCCCCCAAGGUUAGUGAGCUAGCGCGCUAACGAUAGCCGAUUAAAGUAGUUAGGCUAACAGUAACUCGGUAGCCACUUUAAGCCGCCGCAUCUUUAUUUUAUCGAUUAUUCCAAGAUCCAAACAUAGGGUAAUAAAAUGGCGGAAGCCGACAAGUUGAACAUCGACUCCAUUAUACAGCGCCUGCUCGAAGUGAAAGGAUCCAGACCCGGUAAAAACGUUCAGCUGACAGAGAAUGAAAUCCGUGGCCUCUGCCUGAAGUCUCGGGAGAUUUUCCUCAGCCAGCCAAUCCUGCUAGAACUGGAGGCGCCCCUCAAGAUUUGCGGCGAUGUUCAUGGGCAGUACUACGACCUUCUGAGGCUGUUUGAAUACGGAGGCUUCCCACCAGAGAGCAACUACCUGUUCCUGGGCGACUAUGUGGACAGAGGGAAGCAGUCGCUGGAGACCAUCUGCCUCCUGCUGGCCUACAAGAUCAAAUACCCAGAAAACUUCUUCCUGCUGAGGGGAAACCACGAGUGCGCCUCCAUUAACAGAAUAUACGGCUUCUACGAUGAGUGUAAAAGGCGAUACAACAUAAAGCUGUGGAAGACCUUCACCGACUGCUUCAACUGUUUGCCCGUCGCUGCCAUCGUUGACGAGAAGAUCUUCUGUUGCCAUGGAGGCCUUUCCCCAGACCUCCAGUCCAUGGAGCAGGUCAGGAGGGUCAUGCGUCCCACCGACGUGCCCGACCAGGGCCUCCUCUGCGACCUGCUGUGGGCCGACCCGGACAAGGACGUGCUGGGCUGGGGCGAGAACGACCGCGGCGUCUCCUUCACCUUCGGCGCAGACGUGGUCACCAAGUUCCUGCACAGACACGACAUGGACCUGAUUUGUCGAGCCCAUCAGGUGGUUGAGGACGGUUAUGAGUUCUUUGCUAAGCGGCAGCUGGUGACGCUGUUUUCAGCCCCAAACUACUGCGGCGAGUUCGACAACGCAGGAGCCAUGAUGAGCGUAGACGAGACCCUCAUGUGUUCAUUCCAGAUCCUGAAACCCGCCGAUAAGAAGCUGUUCUACGGCGGCGGAGGCGGCUUGGGCUCCGGCCGCCCCGUCACUCCUCCCAGGAAAGCUAAGAAAUGACAGCAAUAGUUUGCUUUUCGACCUCCGGCCCAUCCCUCCUGCCCUCUCUACCUCUCUUCUCCUUUAUUUCACCAAACAGCCAGAAAUCAAACCUAUACCCAGGGCUUUUUUUUUUCUUCCUUUUUUAUCUGUACUUC